AUGGCCAUAGCCUUAUCUGUGGUGGGCACCCAUGCUGCCAGCUGGAACAGCGAGGCGAAGACACUGGGUCCCCCUGGGCAGCUGGGAAACUUGGUGGCGACUCGGACCGGCUGGCAGCAGCCAGAGGGGACCGCCGAGGGCGAGCGGCGGCCAAGGAUCGCCACCUGCACCCAACGCCACCACUGUGCUAACCAACGGCCCCGCUUGGGCCUGCCCAGGCAGCGGCGGAGCCGGGGAGGAGCCGCGGGUUGCCGAGACGCGCCUCCGCCUCCGUCUGCCUGCGGCCGGGCCGCAGGUUGGCGCCUCAGCAGGAACCCCGACCACCGACGUCGGCGCGGGGUCCGCCAUUACGGGCCACGGCGGACUCGAGAAGGACUACUGCGCACGCGCGGCCCGCCUGUGCGGAAAAGGUGCCCAAACGGCUGGCGGCGCGGGCGCAGUGCGCAUGCGCAGCCGUUACGGGCGGUAACGGAAGGGCGCCGACCCCCGGCGGCGGUGAUGGCGCGGCGCGUCGUGAGGGGACUGCUGCUGCUGGAGGCGGCGGGGCUGCUGGGCGCCCUCCUGCUCUACCGCGCCAUGGACCGCAGCCAAGACUUCAGAUAUACAAUGCAGAAGAGGUUUCCAUCAAUUCUGGAAGUGUAUUACAAAUCCAAUGAGUGGUCUGGAAUUCAUGGCAUAAGGGAGAAUGACCAAAUGAUGUGGUUAAGCAGCAAGAACUAAACCCUCUGUGCCUGAACUGUUUCUUCUUUUUGAUGAUGCUUUUCACAUCCCUAUUGUGAAGCCACUUGUCACGCUCUAUUUCCCACUGGAUCUGUUUGACAUCUAUAAGAGGAAAGGAAAUGUGAGAAAUAAGGAACUGAUGGAUACCUCUGACCAUGAUGUGGAAUGCAGAUGAAUCAUGUAAAAGUUAAAACUUGGCUACUGUAUUUAUAAAUAUUAAUAAAGUCCAAGCUGCCAAUUUUUUUUGA